UUCCUCCUUAACCGCUUCGCAUUGGUAUCGUUGCCACCAGCUAAUACCAUCUAGUUGGUCAUCGCUUAGGAAGCGUGUGAGUUCCUCCUGUUUCGUCUCAGAGGCUAGCCAACCUCCAACAGCCAUUAUGCCUGAAAUGUCGGAAGAAGAACAGCGGAAGAUGGAGGAGAAGGAGAGGAAAAAGGCCGAAGUCAGGAGGCGUCUUGAGGAAGCUUCGAAAGCUAAAAAGGGCGGCAAGGGCGGUUUCAUGACCCCCGAAAGAAAGAAGAAACUCAGGGCACUGCUGCGUAAGAAAGCCGCAGAAGAACUUAAGAAAGAGCAGGAGCGCAAAGCUGAGGAAAGGAGGAAGACCAUCGCUGAUCGUUGCGGUCAACCAAAAAAUGUCGAUUCUGCUAACGAAGCCUCCCUGCAAGCCAUCUGCAAAGAAUACCACUCAAGGAUCAUGCAAAUCGAGUCCGAGAAGUACGACCUGGAGUUCUCUGUCAGACAAAAGGACUAUCAGAUCAACGAGCUCAACAUCCAGGUGAACGAUCUUCGUGGCAAAUUCGUUAAGCCUGCCCUCAAAAAGGUAUCUAAGUUCGACAAGCUCAAAGUCAAGAGCCAAAAGGAAGAGGUCGAUUUCCGUGCCGGUCUUAAACAAGUCAAGAAGGACUUCAAAGAACUCACCGAUGAGGGCAAGCCGGCUGAGAAGCCUCAAUGGGCCCUGGGUGCCGGGAAGAAAGAUGCGGAAGCCGCCGAGGCUGAGGAGUAAAGGUCGAUUAGGAGAAAGUUUGUUGACAAAGCUGAGGUCUUCAUCACGACUUCCUAAUGUCUUAUCCGCGACUGCGUAACUUUUCCAUCAUACGAUCAAAAUAUAUCGAAUCCAACUGCGAUAUCCAUCUAGUGUCUUGCCAAGUCCAUCAGGACACACCGGACAAUUUCCAUUGUACAUCUAACAAAUAGGCUUCAGAUAUUGCCAACAAAUGAAUAGAAUAAAUGUUCGCUCCGCGUUCGUAAUGCCUGGAAAUAUCACGUGAGCGAAUUCCGUCGUUUUAGCGAGGACCCAGAUUUGGACCUGAGCAAAGCUAUAGAUGGCCAUUUGUCAUUUAUAUGUUAAUAAAUUAAUAUAUUAAUAAAAAAAUA